CUUUCUGUUCGACCUUCCCAACUGCGCCAGUCCACAUGAUUACUGGUUGACACUGCUUUCAUACUAAUAUACCUUUCUAACUAUUUGCUAUACAUACGAUUUUCUCACCAUGUCGUUUUGCUGCACCGUUCACCGGACGGUGACAUCAUCCGCCACGGUUUUCAGAUCAGUGAUGAGGACUCCCUCAAGCCGACAGGCUCUUCGGACCUUCUCAUCGUACGGAAAUAUCUACAAUUCCUCCAGGCGUGAUAUGCAGACAGCCACCGCUUAUCGUCCUCACACCUUACCCGACUCUUUCCCCCCGCCUCGCAGCUCCCCUAUCCCAGACACCUCCAUUGCAGCCGAUUUCCUCCCGCCCUCUGAGAGGGGGUUGCGCCAGGCUCCCCAACAGUCCAACCUGUCAUCCAAAAUUAGCGUGAGAGAGGGAGAGGCGCAGAAGCCAAAGCCAGCCACGUCAAAAUCCUCCGCUGCUGCCCCUACACAGAAAGCUCACAAGCCCCGACGACAACUUCGUCCAAGGAAGGCGGCCAUGAAGUUGACUCCAGAAGCUGUUGAACAGCUUCGCAAGCUACUAUCUCAACCAAGCCCGAAGUUGAUACGAGUGGGUGUGAAGAAUCGGGGCUGCUCUGGUCUUGCAUAUCACCUUGAAUACGUGGCGAAGCCAGGCGCUUUCGACGAGGUGGUGGAGCAGGAUGGGGUCAAGGUGCUGAUCGACAGCAAAGCUUUGUUCAGCAUAAUUGGCAGUGAAAUGGACUGGCAUGAAGACAAACUGAGCAGGAGAUUUGUUUUCCGAAACCCGAAUAUAAAGGAACAAUGCGGAUGCGGUGAAUCUUUCAUGGUUUGACUGAUGCCUAUGCACACGAGCUUAAUAGAAGGGACGGUUUUUUUUUCAUGGUGCAUUUGACGGCGUUCUGGGUUACAGGGUUUUACUUGGGGCGUCUUGAUUGACCUUUACGGUGUGGAAAUGCACACACCGGAUUCCGAAUUCCGGAGUCUUGAGACCUCAGCAACAACAUAAAUGUCUAGAUCUACAACGGUUACAUGUAUAUAUCGUUUCUUCGGAGGUGCCUAGUCGGUCUGAGAAUGGAUCGAGUGACAUACGGUCCGGCCUCCCGAUUUCUCGAGUCGCUCUGAGAAAGGGGCGGCUGGUCCAUCGGGGUAUCAAUGUGUUUUCUAUGAGGUAAUAUGACUCUUGUACUCAUACAUAUUGGGUAAUGGGAAAUGUACAACAGUAGAAUGGUCUCUAUGGCAUGGUCACUGCAUGUUUUCAUCAAUAAUGGAAUCUGGAGCUCUGUAGUACGUCAGUGUGUAGCUAUUUUCAGCAUGUUCACGUGGUACCAUAAAGGUAAUUAUUAUCACCAUCAC